GCAAUGGACAGGCUUUCCUUGAGGAAUCUCUGCUGCCUGUUCUGCUGCCCCCCGUGGCCGGGCAAAAUCAUUUCCAAGCUGGCAUUUUUGCCCCCAGAGCCCACCUACACCCUGAGGUGUGACGGAAGCGGGAGUCGCUGGACUCUGGAUCUCUCUGAUGGCGCAGGCUGGCAGCACUCUCCCAGGGAAAAAGAGGCCCUGGAAUGUUUCCUGACGAAAACCAGCAAAGGGAACCGCAUGGCCUGCAUGUUCGUGCGUUGCUCCCCCGAGGCCAAGUAUACCUUGCUUUUCUCUCAUGGGAAUGCUGCUGACUUAGGUCAGAUGAGCAGCUUUUAUGUAGGACUGGCUUCCCGGAUUAAGUGCAACAUAUUUUCAUACGAUUAUUCUGGAUACGGAGCAAGUUCCGGAAAGCCGACGGAGAAGAACCUGUAUGCCGACAUCGAAGCUGCUUGGGUAGCUCUUAAAACGAGAUAUGGAAUCCGCCCUGAAAAUGUGAUCAUCUAUGGCCAAAGCCUAGGGACGGUGCCGUCCGUGGAUCUUGCGGCUCGUCAUGAAAGCGCGGCUGUCAUUCUCCAUGCGCCUCUAACCUCAGGGGUGCGCCUGGCAUUCCCUAAGAUCAAGAAGACCUACUGGUUUGAUGCAUUCCCAAACAUUGACAAAAUCUCUACAAUAACGUCUCCGGUGUUAAUAAUUCACGGGACUGAUGAUGAAGUGAUCGACUUCUCACACGGCCUGCCGUUAUUUGAACGCUGCCAAAAACCUGUGGAGCCACUGUGGGUAGAAGGAGCAGAGCACAACAACGUGGAGCUUUACAGACAGUAUUAUGAAAGGCUGAAACAGUUUGUUUCAGAGGAACUGCUGGAUUUGUAA